AGUUUUCAACAGAAUUUGUCCGCUUUAAGAUGUGCUUCCUGCUAAUAUUUCUGCACUUAUCUAAAUGGUCUCCUUGGUCGCUCCAUCGCUUUGAGCUGACAUAUUUAAAGUGUUAUUAAAAUUGCUGAAACUCUGCAAUUAAUGCGCUGAUCGUUUGUACAAUAAUAUUUGAAUACUCGUAUUAAACGAUGACGAACAGAUGAGUGCGUGUUAACGGCAAGCAGUUAUCGGGAAGCAGAGCAAAACAAGAAUUUAGAAAACAACGGCAAAGAAACCCGCUCCCCAGAGACAAGUCAUUAGGCUGAUGACUGCAUCGACGGGUGAUGAUAAAACGGGAGGACAUCUGGUUUUUGCUGUCUGUCUGUAAAUAUGACCAUAUCAUACCACAAAACGUCCGGUGUAGCGUCUCUAGUUGAAACUGAUUGAUGAGCAAUUGAUAGAACGGAAGAACAGUUGGGCACUAUUGUUGCGGGAUAAUAUGCUUUGCUACAAGGCGACAAAUUACUGAUAAAUAGUGUUAUGACGAUGCAUUACCUAUCACCAUGCAACACGUUGGUCGAGCCUAAUUUUCUGCAUUCUGUGGUUUGUGAAACAGGGGGAAAAUUCUUAUUGUCAUUUGACACUAAUGAGUUCGCCGUAGCCUCCGCCGCGCUCCGAAGCAAACUCACUUUCUCAGUAUCAACGCCAACCAGAUGGCUCUAGAGGAGAAUGCUCGACGUCAAUGAUGGCCAGAGCCAAUGCCAGGCAUUCAGUGUCUUCAUUGACCAACGCGUGCGACAUUUUAUCAGCCUUUAUCUCAGCCGCCAGCCAGCCAGCCAGCCAAACACAUACAUCUCGUGUCUACAGGGUCGCGAUGAUCCCGGGGAAAUCCGUCAGCCGGGGUUGUGUGGUCGUGUAGUAGUUGCCAGCGCCGCCCCAAUAUCACCAAAGUGCUUCGCGCCGUAUCAUCUUUCAUGCAUCAACAGCAUCGUUGCUGGCGGAAAAAUGACCGGUCCCGGGAAGCCGUGAUACGGCGCGCGGUUCAGUUUGUUGCAAUGAUCGACACCGAUCGGAUCGAGGCGAUCAUGGAUUUGGGCAGCUUCGAACAAUCGUCGGACGAUUUCCUGGCCAACGGAUUCUACCAUCUGUACACCGAGCUGCAGGACGAUCGAGACAUUGCGUUGGCCCUAGCGGAACUAACGUGCCCCACGACCCAAACCUCCGAGCUCAAAGAAGAUACAGUGCAUCCUUGUCCAGCAACAAUCGAUCUACCGUCGCUAAACUCACUUGAACUUCUGCCUACGCCCAAUGGGGGCGAAGUGGAUGGGCUGGAGCUGGAGCUGAACGUAGAAGAUUUCAUUCUCGAGUACAAUUGCGUAAAUUUUAGUCAACUGUGGGAAAACGAGCUACGACUGCCGGAAAACACUUACCUCUGUGAUGAUUCCUGUGAAGCGUUUAUCCGACAAUCGGAUCCACAUGAAGAUAAAGUGGCACCCGCAACCGGUGAAAUCACGCAAUCGGAGGUCGUGUCCCUAACACUACCCGCGGCCGUGUCGUCCAGCGUACAGCAACCGUGUGAAGCCGAACCCGACUCGACCGGGACGUUCGUUUGUCCGUUUGAAAGUUGCCGCAAAGUGUACGCCAAACCGGUGCAUUUGAAAGCCCAUCUCCGCCGGCACGUAGGCGAUAAGCCGUAUCACUGCAAAUGGCCAGGAUGUCAGUGGCGGUUUUCGCGGUCGGACGAACUGUCGCGUCACUUCCGGUCCCAUUCGGGUGUGAAACCGUACCGGUGUGAGUACUGCCCAAAGUGUUUCUCCCGAUCGGACCAUUUAGCCAAGCACCGGAAAGUCCACGAGCGUAAGAUGAGCGUGGGCACGGCGGGGAAGUUGAAGAGUGGUGUCGGUGCGUUCGUUGGAGUAGCGCCGGCAAGAGGACGACCAGGCCGGAAACCGAAACAGGCCUCAGUGAAACGAUCGUGAUCGUGAGCAAUGUACGGGUGAUUUAAUAAAGCCAGGUCAAAUGGGCCCUUUUUGCAACAAAGAUGUUAACGUUUCAGUCUGGCUUUCUUUGUUCAAAUUGUUCCGAAAGUUGUGAACAUCUUCUUCUUCUUCUUCUUUGGCACAACAACCGCUGACGGUCAAGGCCUGCCUGUACCCACUAGUGAAGUGAGCUUGGCUUUCAGUGACUUAUUGUUACCAUAGCAGAACAAUCAGUCCUACGUAUGGGGGCACGGGCUAUUCGGGGCUUGAACCCAUGACGGGCAUGUUGUUAAGUCGUACGAGUUGAUAACUGUUGUGAACGGCCGAGUUGUGAACAUCUGAAAAAACAAAAUGCUAAUCUUAAUUAUUGUUAGCAUUUAGCCAUCAAUCGCAUUGAGUCAGUUCCCACAUGAAAACGUCUCAUCUUGAGCGUUACUUUUAAUUUCAUACUUAGUUCGCCUAUUCUUAUGCACAAUACCUUGUACACUUCGACUAUUUUCUACAUCCACACACACCUAAUUUUCGUAUUAUGGAACUAUUUUCAAAACAUAUGCUUUAGGUCAGUACAGGGAAUUUGUUUGUGAUUGUAAAAAAUGAAUUUUGCACAUUUUUAAUGGUUUUUAUCAUGCCU